GGGGACACUGAUGUAAACACAUUUAAAAGGGGCUCAGUGCCUGUUGGCUCUCAGUGUGGAGGAGCUGCUGCUGAUGUGAUUAACCCUGUUGCUCUCGAGGGGUCUGCGCUGAGCUCCUGGAUUUAAACUCUUCACCUGGUCCACCUCUCUGAUCCUACUUUCUUGUUUCUUUAUGAUUGUUCUCUCAGAUUCUGCAAACAUGUUGCAAAGCUUCGGUCAGUCGCAGGACUGGCUUUACACAGAGCCGCUGCUCUUUGAUGACGAUUUCUGCCAGAGUUUGAUGAAGGACCUCCAGUCUCUGCCGACUCCCCCCCAGUCCCCUCCCAUGAAAGCCGGAGCGGGCAGCAGCAAGCUCCUGUCCAAGGAGGACCAGCUGAGCUAUGUGUCUGACAUCCUGCUGGAGGACCACGACAUGCAGCUCACCUGGAACUGCGACUUCUUCCACUCCGACGCUGGAGAGAAGGAGGGCGAGGGCAGCCAGCCCUGCUCCCCUCUGGAGGAGAACACCGAGGACACCCUGUGGCAGUGCCUGACCGCAGACAAGAGCCUGGAGGAGAAGCUGGUCUCCACCGUGCUCGGCUCCAGCCCCCUGCUGUCUGAGAUCGACACCAGCAUCUUUGAGGAGAUAGCUGGCUCCACCCUGGACUGCCAGAACCUGAUGGACGCUCAGGAGCCCAGCGAGGCCACAUCAGACUACGGGUCAACUGGUGGCGAGCUGUCCAAUUAUUCAUCCAGUGACUCUGAAGAAGAGAUUGACGUGGUGACAGUUGUCCGCUGUUCCUCCAGCCCCUCCCCUCGGCCCCCCCUGUCGGAUCUAUCCACCCGCCAGCAGAGGCACGAAGAGCAGAAACGGGCUCUUCAGCGCCACCACAUCGAGAUCCAGCUGCAACACAACUACGCGGCGCCCUGCCCCGCCUCCCCACCCCCAUCCUCUUCGUCCAACAAGCGCUCGAGAGGGAGCGACAGCUCUUCUCGUUUCCACCACUCUUCUCGCAGCUCCUCCUCCUCGUCCUCCUCGUCGCGGUACCAACACCACCACUCGCCGAGGAACUCAGCGGAGACGGAGGACGAGGAGGAGCGGCGACGGACUCACAACGUGAUGGAGAGGCAGCGACGCAACGAGCUUAAGAACUGCUUCAUGCGCCUGCGCGACAACGUGCCGGAGCUGUCGCACAAUGACAAGGCCUCCAAGGUCGUGAUCCUGAAGAAGGCCAGAGACUGUAUCUACAACCUGGAGGACCAGGGCCACAGGCUGCAAUCCAAGAGGGACAAACUGAGAGACAAACAGGAAGAGCUGAAAGCCAGGCUGGACAGGCUCCACAGCUAAUGGACCCUGGGCCAACCACCAUUUACAGACAUUGAGUGUGUGUGUGGGGAUGGGGGGGGCAGACUUUGUACAAAGAGGGCGGUGAUAAAGGAUGGCGUGUCACGCUGAAAGCAGCGCACAAAGUUUGACAUUUCAAAUACUUUAUGGCAACAAUGGGUCCGGACUGUGUGGACUCACUGUUGCCUUGGACAGACGCAACACACUCAUUGCCUCAGAGUGGAUCAUUCUCAUGCCUUGACUGCUGACUGUUGUAGCGCGUAGGACGGGUCUUUCUUUCACAGUCGAAUCGAGGACCGAGCAAGCAGAUAUUUUAUUUUUUUAAGUGUGGCAGGACGCACGAUGAAAUGCAAAGACAAAAUCUUUUUUAAUUGUGUCCGUAUGUUGUGGAGUGUUUUUUACUUUGGCAGGUGUAAGAUGGCACAAGUGAUAAGUGUCUGUUGGGUCAAAUAACUGGAAGCCACAGCAGCUGAGUAGUCGAAUGAAACUUGAAUAUUGUGUUUUCAGGAUGUCUUAUAGCCAUACUAACCAGUGAUCCCUCCACUCUGACCUGUGUGUUGGUGGCUCCGGAGUUAUUUGGUCGAACGUCACUUCCACUUAAAUUCCAGUUCCAAUGCUAAUUCAAGUUUUCCGUUAAGGACUGAGGUUGUUCAUUGUGCGUUCAGCCCCGUGUGGCCUCAGGCGGACCCUCGGGCCCAGCACCACUCUGUUAUCAGGUUAAUGUGUGUUAAUGACAAUACUUGAUUCUGUAAACAUAACAAUGCAUCGGUUCAGUUCACCAACAGUUCACUCACCUCAGAGUGAGCGUGCGUGUGUGUUCUCAAAAUGGAACUAGGUUUUUGUAUUAAACUGUUUGUCAGUAAUGAAUUGUUCAGACUUGGACUUAGCCAUAUUUAAACUUCAUUCAGGUUUUGAGGCGGCUGAACUGGGACGUGAACUGAACCGCGAGUUGUAGCAAGUUAGCCAAAGUCGGGACAGAACAGCUCUGGAUAACAUUUUGAUUAUUUAACGGUUCUGAUUGGGGGGGGAAGCUGCAACAGCGGCAUCACUGUGACAUUUAGUUGUGUAGAGUAGCCAUUUUGCCAAGUGUGAGUUGAUAAAAACGGUCAAGAUGUUUUAUGAUGAGAACCGUUAUCCAGUGGAAAUGGCUUCAGUGUUCCUCUGUGGCCCUCGUUGAUGACAACUGCUGGAAAUUAAACAUAUUUUGAGAUUGUGUCUCCAUCUGUGAUCAUGAGAAUAACAAGGUUGACAGGGAAAGAGAUUUUUUCUGUCCACUGCAAAGACCUCAUUUGAAUCCUGUGUGACAUCAACGGGGGGGGGGCACUGACUUUGACCAACAUUCCCUUGUUGUUCGAGUUCCACUUUGUGCCCAGUCAGACGUGGCUUUGAUCACAUGGUAAUAACCAAACUGCUGCUGACAGAGUAAUGAUGUCAGGAGGUGAAAACAUUCAACUUGAGGCUGUACGUGUUCACCAGGAACCUGUUGUGUCUGUUUUAAUAUCGGGUGUUUUGUUGAACUUGUACCAUGGGCUGGAUCUGAGGUUUGAAAUUUUCAAUAAUGGGGUUGAGUAUUUAACGGAAUGCCAUGUUAUCCUGAAUAUCUAUUAUUGCCAAUGUUAUCAAUGAACGUGCUGUUUUGUUAUGAAAUGCGCAGACGGCAAAGUGUUUGCUCAUUUGUGUCAAAUGUCUUAAGAUGCAUCCUGUUUUUAAGAAUGGAGUUCUUCCUCCUUCAGCUUGGUAGAACUGAUGAGAAACAAAGGGUUCCUUCAGGACCCUUUGUUUCUGUGAUUUGAUUCUGUCGCUGUCUGGUUAAAGCUUUGUCUACCUCCACCUCAUGGCUUCGCCUUCUUGGCCUUUUCUUCCAAAUGUCUCCAAUCCUCUUUCAAAAGAUGUCCUCUGACGAUAACUGCCUUCUGAAGAAGCGUCGAGGUUUUAACAAGACAGCAGAUAUAUUUUUUCUUAGCAUCUAUAAACCUACCUCCACCUGGCCGCACUCUGGCCUGUAUUGUGGUUAUUUUUUUUUUUGUGGUUUAAAUAUUGUACAGUUUGUUAAAUAAAAACUAUUUUAUGUAAAUAUUUUUGUUGUAUCAUAAAUUAUUUUGGUUUAUUUUCCCUUUUUUAUUUUUUCAUUUGAGGAUCCUCAAAAAAAUGUUAUGUUCUUUACCAAGCAGCACUUUUAAAAAAUGUAAUUAAAGAAUGAAUUGAGA